AUGGAGAUUCGAGAAUCAACCAAGCUUAAUAGAAUGAGGCGCAAGAUGUUAAUUGAUGAAAAAAAGAGACACAGAACAAACCCUACAGAAUUGGAAGCUUCAUCUUCGUCUGUGCGACCUGCUAGCAAGCGACAUAAACCCUACACCGCAAGUACAGUUUAUCAGUUGAAUACUUCCUCUGAAAUACAUGUAAUUGGGUCAGAAACAGUGACGUUAAACCUAGGGCAACCUUCAUAUACUUGUCAAUUCUGUGGAGCUAUAUUUUGGUUUUCAGAGCGUCUAAAAUCAUCCUCCAAUUAUCAUCCAGUAUACUCACUUUGUUGUAGACAAGGACGCAUCAAAUUACCUCCAUUCAGUGAACCUCCACAUCCAUUGAAACAGUUGAUGGAUUAUGGAAGAGACAGAUGUUCAAAAUUAUUUCGUGACAACUUGAGAAUGUACAAUUCUAUGUUCGCAUUUACAUCUACCGGCGGAAAAAUUGACAAGGAAAUAAACCGAGGUCAAGGGCCAUAUGUUUUUAAAAUCAAUGGCCAAAACCACCCUUUGAUAGGAUCACUUCUGCCACUAGAUGGACAAAGACCACAAUUUGCUCAGCUCUAUGUUUACGACACAGAAAAUGAAGUCUCCAAUAGAGUAGCAGCUCUUUCAAGAUCUGCUCUCAAUGUUGCAGUCCAAAAUGAUAUUGUUUCUCAAUUAAUACAAAUGUUUGAUCAGGUAAAUCAUUUGGUCAAAGCUUUUCGAAUGGCCAGAGAUAGAAUUCACAGUGGAGAUGAGCGGACUUUCUCAUUGUGCUUAUCAUCUAGAAGACAUGGGGACAGCUCGCAGUAUAAUGCUCCAACACUACCAGAAAUGGCAGGAUUGAUAGUGGGUGACAUUGGCAGUACAGAUGAGGGCCGGGACAUUAUUGUUGACCAACAGGGACAGGGAUUAAAACGUAUAAAUGAUCUGCAUCCUUCGUUCAUGGCAAUGCAAUAUCCUAUAUUGUUUCCGUUUGGAGAGGAUGGAUACAGGCUGAAUAUUCCAUAUCAACAUAAUGGUAACUCUCCUAAAUUGAAACGAGGAUACGUUACAAGACGUGAAUUCUAUGCCUACAUGUUACAACAAAGAAAGAAUGGUGGUGGGUUACUAAUUAGUGGGGGCAAAUUAUUUCAACAAUAUAUAGUGGAUGCUUUUACAUGCAUAGAAGAUGAGAGAUUACGAUAUAUUCGUUUUAAGCAUCAACAAGACCAUUAUAGAUGUGAAAUAUAUAAGGGUAUUCAAGAUGCAUUUCUCCGAGGUGAUGUGAGAGCAAAUUCUAUUGGCAAGCGUGUCAUCUUACCAUCGAGCUUUACAAGUGGCCCUCGCUAUAUGAUUCAAAACUAUCAUGAUGCAAUGGCAAUAUGUAGGUCUAGGGGAAACCCAGAUUUAUUUAUCACUUUUACAUGCAAUGUUCAAUGGAUAGAAAUACAAGAUGCAUUGGCUCUUAUACCAGGUCAAAAGCCAAGAGACAGACCAGAUAUCAUUGCCAGAGUCUUUCAUAUGAAGCUUAAUGUGUUUAUGAAUGAUAUUCAAAAAGGAAACCACUUUGGAAAUGUUGUGGGAGCUAUUUACACUGUUGAGUUCCAAAAGAGAGGUUUGCCUCAUGUUCACAUAAUUAUCUGGCUGCACCAAAGUGAUAAAUACCCAACGCCAGAUGACAUUGACAAAAUUAUAUGUGCGGAGAUACCAGACAAAGAAACAGAACCAGAUUUGUACAAGGUUGUUUCUAAAUUCAUGAUCCAUGGACCAUGUGGGAAUGCAAACUCCAAAGCGCCAUGUAUGAAAAAUGGGAAAUGUAUCAAACAUUUUCCCAAGAAGAAUUGCAGAGAGACUACUAUUGGUGAGGAUGGAUUUGCCAUUUAUAGAAGAAGGGCAGAUGACAAUGUAGUGGUUAAGGCUGGAGUUGAAAUGGACAAUCGUUUUGUUGUGCCUUACAAUAAAAAACUACUUCUGAAAUAUGAUGCACAUAUAAAUGUUGAGUGGUGCAGUCGUUCAAGGUCGAUAAAGUAUCUCUUUAAAUACGUGAAUAAAGGACCAGAUCGAACAAGAGCUUUCCUACAAGAAAGGACGCACACAACUGCUCAAAAUACAGCUGCUGAUAAUGAAGUUAUUGAUGAGAUAAAGACCUAUCUUGAUUGUAGGUAUUUGACUGCAUAUGAAUCAGUGUGGAGAAUUUUUGAAUUUCAUAUUCACCACAAGUUCCCAACUGUUCUUAGCUUAACAAUUCACAUGCCUCUAAUGAACAACGUAGUUUUCAGAGGAAAUAUCCAAGUUGACAGAGUAUUACAGCAGCCCGGAAUUGAGAAAACUAUGUUGACCGAAUGGAUGUUUACAAACACAAACUGUGAAGACGCUAGACAGCUAACAUAUGCUGAGUUUCCAGCUUUUUGGAGGUGGGACAACACAGACAAAAUAUGGUUUCGAAGAAAAAGAGGACAUUGCAUUGGCAGAAUUUCAUAUGUUCAUCCAUCAGCAGGAGAGGUUUAUUAUUUAAGAAUGUUGUUAUCUCACAUCAGAGGGGCCACAAACUUCAUUGAUAUGAGGACAAUUAAUGGAAGUGUUUAUGAAACCUUCAAAGAAGCUUGUAAUGCAAUGGGUUUAAUUGGCAAUGAUCGGGAGUGGAACGAAGCUAUCAAAGAAGCUGCAGAAUGGGCAACCACACAUGAAAUUAGGGAUUUGUUUGUCACAAUGCUACUGUAUUGCGAGGUUGCAGAUGCCACAAAGUUGUUUGCUGAUAAUGUAGCAUGCUUGCAAGAAGAUAUAAUUUACAGGCUUACAACAGAAAAUGGGAUGCUGGAAACAAAUUUUUCAGAAGAAGAAAUAAUAGAUGCAGUGCUUAUAGAGGUAGAAAAGUUGCUAAAGAGAAGUGGCUCAUCACUUGCUGAGAACAGACUUCCACAGCCAACAAAUAAAAUUGUCCAAGAUUUGGGUAAUACUAUAUUAACAGAAGAACUAUCUCAUAACAUAGGUGAACUUCGGUAUCAAAGUCUUCACUUCAUAGAGCAGAUGAAUGAUGAUCAAAAAACAGUGUACAACGCAGUUACAGAAGCUGUCAACAGAGACAUGGGAGGCUUAUUCUUUAUUUAUGGUCAUGGCGGAACUGGAAAAACAUUUCUUUAUAAUGCAAUUAUAAGCAGUUUACGUUCGCAAGGAAAAAUUGUCCUUGCGGUGGCAUCUUCUGGAAUAGCAUCACUACUAUUGCCUGGUGGAAGAACUGCGCACUCAAGGUUCAAAAUACCGAUUGAUAUACAUGCUGAAUCAAGCUGUCAUAUUAAGAAAGGGACUCACCUAGCAGACCUUAUUAAAAGAGCAUGUCUUAUUGUCUGGGAUGAAGCGCCAAUGACCCAUCGCCAUUGUUUUGAAGCAUUACACAGAUCUCUGAGUGAUAUAUUUGACUGUGAUGACGAAACAAACGCUAAUCAAUGUUUCGGAGGAAAAAUAGUUCUACUUGGUGGAGAUUUUAGACAAAUUCUUCCUGUGGUUAUUAAGGGUUCAAGACAUGAUACUAUCAAAGCUUGUAUAACACAAUCAUCAUUGUGGCGUCAUUGCAAGAUUUAUAUUCUGAAACAGAAUAUGAGGUUGAAAGAUGUUGGUUUAUCAAAUGAAGAAAAAGCAGAUCUCAGUCAUUUUAGUCAGUGGCUUAUUAACAUUGGGGAAGGUAGGGCCGAAACAAUCAAAAUAAAAGACGAUGAGGAAUGCCCAACCUGGAUAAAAAUACCCGAGUCCUUAUUAAUAAAAUCUGCAAAAGGCGAUAUUGAGGAUUUGAUUACAGAGACAUAUAGUGGUUUGCUAUCUUCGUACAAUGACUUCGAGUAUUUAAAAGAGAGAGCCAUCAUCACCGGCACAAAUGAGGCAGUUGAUAUGAUAAACACACAUGUUUUGAAAAUGAUACCCACUAAACAGAAAACAUAUCUCAGUUUUGACUCAAUAUACAAAGUCGCUGGUGCUUCGGAUGAUGAUGAUCUGCUCUACCCAACUGAAUUUUUAAAUUCACUGUCAUUCAACGGCAUUCCCAACCACGAGCUUCAGUUGAAGGUUAAUACACCUGUGAUGCUAUUACGAAAUUUAAAUCAAACCUGCGGUCUGUGUAAUGGAACUAGACUAAUGAUCACAAGAUUGGGAGAAAAAGUGAUCCAGGCAACAGUUAUCACAGGUAGUCAUGUGGGUGACAAAGUAUGUAUUCCAAGGAUAAUAAUGUCUGCAACCGAAUAUAAGUGGCCUUUCACAAUCAGGCGUAGACAAUUUCCUUUACGAUUGUCCUACGCAAUGACUAUAAAUAAAAGCCAGGGUCAAACCCUGGAAAAGGUUGGGUUAUAUCUUCCUAGACCAGUUUUCUCACAUGGUCAAUUGUACGUUGCUGCAUCGAGAGUGACAUGCUAUAAAGGACUAAAGAUCUUGAUAGCAGGACAAGAAGAAGAAAAUUCCAUGUACACAAAAAAUAUUGUAUAUGAUGAAGUUUUUGACGAUCUCCACACAAGUCAUUGAUCAAUGAAUAUAGACGCCAAAGCCAAGAGCUGAAUUUCAGCCAAGAAGAUCAAAGUUGAAAAUCAACAAAAGAGUUCAAAUUGUGGUCUACGAAGACAAUGUCUAUAACCAACUGAAUUCAGCAGAAAAAGUACAGCAACAAUAAAUAUGCAAAAACUGGGUCAUUUCAAUUACAACCACGGCGUGGAAUAACAUGCUUCCUGACAAGAUCAGGAAAAUCAAUAUGAACCCUUUACGAAGUUGCAUAGUAUACAAUGUGUGGACAUGUCAAAUAUCGACUCCAAUCAAUGAAAUCAAGUGGACAUCGCACCAACCUUAUUGUUGAAAGCACACAAAUCAUUGUCAACAACCAGGAAGCAGAUCUUCCAAACGAUAAAGAUAUGAGAAACCAUCUGGAUUAUGAUCCUGUGCAAUCAUCCUCUAAGCAGGCUAUCCUUCAGUAGAAGGAAAAAUGAAAAAUAGUAAGUUGUGUCCAUGCAUGAGUAUGAUUAAUAAAAGAUUUUGGUUGCAUCAUUUUGAGGAUCUGCAUACAAGUUAUUGAUCAAUGAAUAUAGACGCCAAGCCAAGAGCUGAAUUUCAGCCAAGAAGAUCAAAGUUGAAAAUCAACAAAAGAGUUCAUAACCAACUGAAUUCAGUAGAAAAAGUACAGCAACAAUAAAUAUGCAAAAACUGGGUCAUUUCAAUUACAACCACGGCGUGGAAUAACAUGCUUCCUGACAAGAUCAGGAAAAUCAAUAUGAACCCUUUACGAAGUCGCAUAGUAUACAAUGUGUGGACAUGUCAAAUAUCGACUCCAAUCAAUGAAAUCAAGUGGACAUCGCACCAACCUUAUUGUUGAAAGCACACAAAUCAUUGUCAACAACCAGGAAGCAGAUCUUCCAAACGAUAAAGAUAUGAGAAACCAUCUGGAUUAUGAUCCUGUGCAAUCAUCCUCUAAGGUAGUUGCUUACUCUGUCAGUUUCUUAAAAGCAAUUUUAUAGCCUCCAAACAUUUUAUUUUAAAGCAUGCGGUGAUUUUUUCAGCAGGCUAUCCUUCAGUAGAAGGAAAAAUGAAAAAUAGUAAGUUGUGUCCAUGCAUGAGUAUGAUUAAUAAAAGAUUUUGGUUGCAUCAUUUUGAGGAUCUGCAUACAAGGUUUGAGCUUUUUACGACUCUAAUAUUCACAAAUUUAUAUCAACUGCCAUUUAACAAAAAAACUAACAGUUUCAAAAUAUUUUCAGUUAUUGAUCAAUGAAUAUAGACGCCAAGCCAAGAGCUGAAUUUCAGCCAAGAAGAUCAAAGUUGAAAAUCAACAAAAGAGUUCAUAACCAACUGAAUUCAGUAGAAAAAGUACAACAACAACAAAUAUGGAAAGACUGGCUCAUUUCAAUUACAACCACGACGUGGAAUAACAUGCUUUUUGACAAAGAUUAGGAAAAUCAAUAUGAACCCUUUAAGAAGUCGCAUAGUAUACAAUGUGUGGACAUGUCAAAUAUCGACUCCAAUCAACGAAAUCAAGUGGACAUUGCACCAACCUUAUUGUUGAAAGCAGAAAAAUCAUUGUCAAUAACCAGGAAGCAGAUCUUCCAAACGAUAAAGAUAUGAGAAACCAUCUGGAUUAUGAUCUUAUGCAAUCAUCCUCUAAGAUUUAUAUUUGACUCACUUUAGUCCUUUGCCACCAUGGAUGAUCUAGACAACCAAAUCAUGCCUGAAAUUCUUACAGUACACUUGUAGUCAUUCAGCCCUCAUCUGUUGAGAUCAAUUUUUCUUCCUUGCAAAACCUCAGGAUCUAAGUGCAAUGAAUAAUAUGAAACUGUAGAUGUUAUCAUAUUUCAUUGCUUUAUUCAGGUGGCCCAUAUUCAUUUAUUAGUAGCAAUGAACUGAUUGUCUCAAAAAGCAUUUUUUGGCUCUCAUCUUUGCAAGCCUUCUCUUGCUCGCUCUUCAUCAUCUCUCUGGGUUUUUUGCUAUUAUUUGCUGGAUUGAUGGUUGCUGUCGUGUAUGCUGGUUUUAUUCAAUCAAGUGACUUAGUUGAUUUUUAAGAAGCACAAAGCAUAAUAGUGUCGAAUGCGGCAACAAUACUCCAAGGGAAGCUCGGGGGAAUAUGCCUUUCAUUCAAAAACAUUAUUGUGUGCUCAUGGGGCUCAACAACGUUUCUUCUCAUUAUGUAUUGUAACUCUCGAAGGUUCACAACUUAUUUGUCGAA